GCGUCCAGAUUCGCCGAAGGAUUGCUCCACUUUUUUCGAUAUAUAAAGACGGAUCGCGGUCAGGAUCAACAUUGCAGUUUAACGUGUAAUCAUAUCGACUUCACUUACAUACAUCCACAUACAGCCAUGGCUUUCAAAUUCGUUGCCUUCGCUACCCUCCUCGCUUAUGCCCAAGCGGGUAACUUACUCCACACAGCCGCCCCAGCUGUAGCUUACUCAGCCGCCCCGGCAUACGCCGCCCCCAUUGCCAAAGCUGUCGUAGCCGCCCCAGCAGAAGAAUACGACCCCAAUCCCCAAUACAGCUACGGAUACGACGUACAAGACGGACUUACCGGAGACAGCAAGAGCCAAUCUGAAACCAGAAACGGAGACGUUGUCCAAGGAAGCUAUUCCCUCAUUGAAUCCGAUGGAACCAGAAGGACCGUAGACUAUACCGCUGACCCGGUCAACGGAUUCAACGCCGUAGUACAUAAAGAACCAGCCGCGGUAGCUGUCAAGACCGUAGCUGCCGCCCCAGCCAUCGCUAAAGUAGCCGCCCCAGUCGCCGUAGCUCACUCCGCCCCCGUGGCUUAUGCCGCCCCUGCUGCCUACGCUCACCCAGCUCCCGUAGCUUACGCUGCCGCCCCCGCUAUUGCUAAGGUAGCCGCCCCGGUAGCAUAUGCCGCCCCUGCUGCCUACGCUCACCCAGCCCCAGUAGCUUAUGCCGCCCCCGCUGCCUACGCUCACCCAGCCCCAGUAGCUUAUGCCGCCCCCGCUGCCUACGCUCACCCAGCCCCAGUAGCUUAUGCCGCCCGUGCUGCUUACGCUCAUCCAGCGCCCGUAGCUGCUUAUGCCGCUGCCCCAGCUAUCGCUACUAAAGUGGCCGCCCCGGUAGCUUAUGCAGCCGGUCCCUCGUUCUCCAACUUCGCUUACUCUUCCCCCGUGGUUUCUUACCAUCACUAGGACUGUGAUAUGGCUCAACUGUCUGUAUUAAUUUCAAUUUGUAUAUAAUGUAUUUUUUUUAAUUGUUAUUUAUUAUUUUAAUUAAAUGACUGCGAAAAGUCGAGGCAAGAUA